AUGCACACUCAUUCAUUGAUCGAUCCGCACCCACACACCCGCCAAACCAAAUACAUUCCACCAAAAAUGAAACUCGGUAUUUUGGCACUUGCCGCCUUGGUUGUGGCACAUGGAAGCCACGAUUCCAACACGCCUCCACCAGGACUUCUGUGGCAGAAUUGGCAUAUGCUUGAAGAACACAAAAUGGACUCGUACGACUCCGAAUCAUUUUUCACCAUUCAUGCACUCAAAAACCAACAAGAAUGGACACCCAGCGACAUUUUAAACUUGUACGGGCUUCUCCGGGAGUCAGUAGUGGGCGACGGAUCGGGAAUGGGUCGUCAUAGUCAUGAUCAGGAGGGCAUAACUAAAGAAGCUAAAGACCAUGUUGUAUCAGAAAUAUUGCGAUUAGUGGAUAGUAAUAAUGAUGGAAAAAUUACAUUGGACGAGUGGAAGAAAUUCACUGAAAACGGCGGAGAGCUUCCAGAUUUUGGGUAUGGACAAGGUCACCACCUUGAUUUCGAGCUGGAAUACGAAGAACAUCAUUGGAAAGAAUUCCAUAUGAACGAUGAUCCAGAUAUCAAAAUUAAACAUAAAGAGGAUAUUGAGCACGAAUUGCUCCACCAUGAACAUGAAAUGGAGGAGACUCACAAUGCCAAUCCAGAGUUAAGAGAAACUACUCGAAACUUUUUAUCGCAAAUUCGUUUGGAUAAUGUGCCUCAGAAAUAUAAGAGUUGA